AUGCAAAGCAGCAUCUCAACUCGGACUUCCUCACGGAGGACUGAGCCUCACCCCAUCUCUAAGGAGAAGCCAGACACCCUCUAUAGAAAACCUAUUUUGGCCCUUGUACCCGCGAUCUACUUCUUUCGAUCACGACCACAGGAAGUAAAAGUCGGAGCAGAGGAGAGUCGGGCUUUAAGGGCUCGGAUCCAGCUGGCCGAGGCGGCUCAGAAGCAGGCGAGGGGCAUGGAGAUGGACUACGAGGAGGUGAUCCACCUGCUGGAGGCCGAGAUCGCUGAGCUGAAGACUCAGAGAGCGGAGCAGCCAGUGCCGACCAAUAAGGAGGAGACGGAGGAGCUGAAGAAGAGAGUGGCCGUCCUGGAGUGUCAACUACGGAAGAGCGAAGUGGCCAAAAGGGGCUUUGAGAUGUCAACGGGAAAACUGCUGAGUUUUGUGGAGAACGUUCAAGAGUUCCUGCUCGAAAGUCACGGACCAACGAAGAGCUACAGCUCCGGAGACGUUAAAGUCGGCGCGUCGCCUCAAGGCCUCCCUUCUCGCUACAAGAAGAGUCCCUGGACUUCAGCCACGCUCGUUCAGGAGGCGAAGGAGCUCACUAGGACUGUCAGAGCCAUCCUGGAGGUCGACUUGCUGACCUUCUAGAGGAGCCGACUGUAGGAGAACCGAGUCAGCAAGGCUCUGAAACGUCGGCAGGAACUCAACGGCCAACCGUGAACCCGAACACUCUCCUCCCUGACAACUCCUCAUCUCCUGCUAGCAAUGGACUCAUGUCUUAACUCUGCAUGAAAUGUUUUGUUUCUGUCAAGCUGCACAUUUAUCACAGCACAUUCUCAGAACAGUCAGUACCCACUGAGCAGCGGCGUCACUCCAGAGUUUUAACCUGAAUACCAUGGAAAAGAAAUGCAGUCUUUGUACAAGCUCAAAUGAGUAAUUUGCUGUAG